CGGCACUUCCCUGCCGGCCCCUGGGGAAACUCGUCAUGGAGGAGAGCAGCGGCGUCCGCCUCUCGGCCGAGUGCCUGGACGAGCCGCCCAACAGCCGCAUCUUCGUGGUGCUGGGCAAGGACACCGAGGAGACGCUGAUCCGGGAGCGCUUCUCCCCCUUCGGGGACAUCCAGAACAUCUGGCUCCUGCGGGACAGGCGCACCAAUGAGUCCCGCGGCAUCGCCUUCAUCAAGUUCGCCCGCAGCUCGCAGGCCUGCCGGGCCAUGGAGGAGAUGCACGGCCGCAGCCUGCUCCCCGACACCAAGCCCAUCAAGGUAUUUAUUGCACAGUCAAGAGCUUCUGGAAGCCACCGAGAUGUUGAAGAUGAGGAGCUUACACGAAUCUUUGUUAUGAUACCGAAAACCUAUACAGAGGAGGAUCUGCGAGAGAAGUUUAAGAUGUAUGGAGACAUUGAAUAUUGCAGCAUUAUUAAAAACAAGACCACUGGAGAAAGUAAAGGUUUGGGCUACGUGAGGUAUCUAAAACCAUCGCAAGCUGCCCGAGCAAUUGAAGAAUGUGAUCGAAGUUUCAGGGCCAUUUUGGCUGAACCUAAAAAUAAGGCAUCUGAGUCUUUUGAACAUGACUAUUACAGUAGUAACACAAGGCAAGAACCAAGAGGAAAUACGCUUCCAUUUUGUAUGCAGCCAGAAUUUUGUAGUUUUGAAAAAAAUGAGAGCAGAAUUCAAGAAUCUGUCUCCAAACGUCUGUCAGUGUUAUCACGGCUUCCCUUUAUCCAAGAGCAGCUGUUUGCCCUCUUUGAUUUAGUUCCAGGACUGGAAUAUUGUGACGUUCAGCGAGAUCCUUAUACCAAUAGUGGCUAUGCUGUGAUUCAGUACAGCACUGCUGCAUCAGCUAUAUAUGCCAAGUACAAAUUACAUGGGUUUGAGUAUCCUCCUGGAAAUCGAUUAACUGUCACUUUCCUAGAAGAUGGGAGUGAUAGUUCAGACCUCAUCAGAAAAAUGGCAACACAGCUGGUUACAGCACAGGUGUCGUCAGCGUUGCGCAAUAACAACACGAUUGUUCAGCAGUAUAGGACACCUCCUCAGGCGUUUGGAGGAACUUCUGGCCCACAGUUACUUCAGCCCCAAACAGAUGCCAUUCUGCCACCACCCAAAAAAAAAGUUCCACCUGACACUUCUGUGAAGGAAAGGCUUUUCAUACUUUUUCAUCCCCAUCCUUUACCUGUUGUCGUUUUGGAGGAUGUGUUCUGUCGUUUUGGACAACUGAUACAAGUUUACCUUGUUGCUGGAAAAAAUGUGGGCUAUGCAAAAUUUGCAGACAGAGCAAGUGCCAGCGAGGCCAUAACUGCAUUACAUGGCAAGAUUGUGAAUGGUGUCAGGCUCAAGGUGAGGUUGGCAGACUCGCCCUCGGAGGAACCCAACAAGCGCCAGAGAACUUACUGAGCAGAAACUAAAUAAUGACAUGACCCUCAGCUAGCUGACUGACUGACUGAAAACGUGACUAGACAUGGUUCCUGUGGACAGUGACAGCUUUUUCAGUGACAGCUUUUUUUUUGUUGUUGUUUUUUUUGUUAAUUGUUACUUAGUUGAUCUCUCUAUGGUGCUUUUUGAUUUUGAAUAUGCAGACAUGCAGUUUUGAAAAUUAUCUAGGUAUUUAACAUUGUAAACUGGUGGUUGUUCUUGUAGUAGUAUAUAAUCCUGUAUUACAGAAAUCUUGUUUUUACCUGAAUUCCUCCUAUAAGAUGAAAUUUACAAUGAUGGGGGAAAUAAAGGAGUCAGCAUUUUC